GCGCCGCCAUGUUUGCCGAGUGAGGAAACGAGCGGGAGAGCAGCAGCGCGUCCGCUCGCUUAAACCCUCAGACCCGCCCCUAGUUUAUCCUUUUUGUCCCCGUGUCACCGCCUUCUUUUUUAGGCAUGUAAUCCUGAGCCCAUGAAUUAUUUUACUCCAAUUCUGCUUUCUAAAUUGCUGGCAAGUGGCUUUGAAAAGAUAGACGAGAACACUCAGUUGUUUCUCCAAGAUGGCGCAGUGUGUGACUAAAGUACAGUUGACCAUUUCCUGUGAGAAUUUGAUGGAUAAAGAUGUUGGUUCAAUGUCUGACCCGUUGUGCGUUUUACUUCAAAACACUGGAGCAGAUGACCAGUGGAUGGAGCUGGAGCGAACGGAGAGGGUAAAAAAUUGCCAGAGUCCUGAAUUUGCCAAGAAGCUGGAGGUAGAUUAUUACUUUGAGCGUGUGCAGAAACUGAAGUUUGGAAUUUACGAUAUCGAUAAUAAAUCCACAAAUCUGAGUGACGAUGACUACCUAGGAGGAAUGGAGUGCACCUUGGGCCAGAUUGUCUCCAAUAAGACAUUCACUCGCCCUUUGCAGUUGAAGAAGGGGAAGUUGGCUGGAAAGGGGAACAUCACCGUAAUAGCUGAGGAGAUCCAGGAUAAACGAGCAGCAGUGCUCCAACUGGAGGCAAGAAACCUGGACAAUAAGGAUUUCAUGGGGAAAUCUGAUCCUUUUCUGGAACUGUACAGGCAGGGAGACGGUGACAAGUGGCAGCUAGCUUACCGAUCAGAGGUUAUUAAGAACAACCUGAAUCCGAACUGGAAAACGUUCUCUGUGUCCCUGCAGUCACUGUGUAACGGAGAUUUGCAGAAGCCCAUUAAGGUCAGCUGCUCUGACUAUGAUGGUGACGGCUCACAUGAUCUGAUAGGCCUUUUUGAAACUAACUUCUCUAAACUACAGCAAGUGGAAGCUGGGAGUCCGGUUGAGUUUGAAUGCAUUCACCCAGAAAAGAAAAAGAAGAAGAAAAGCUACAAGAAUUCUGGCAUUAUUCGGGUUCGAUCGUGUAAGAUAGAAACUGAAUACUCUUUCCUGGAUUACGUUAUGGGAGGAUGUCAGAUUAAUUUCACGGUUGGUGUAGACUUCACUGGAUCCAAUGGAGACCCCCGCUCACCGGACUCCCUACAUUACAUCAGCCCGAGUGGAGUAAAUGAGUACCUGACUGCCAUCUGGUCUGUCGGGCAGGUUGUGCAGGAUUACGAUACAGAUAAGCUGUUUCCUGCAUUUGGAUUUGGUGCCCAAGUCCCUCCCAAUUGGCAGGUAUCCCAUGAGUUUUCCUUGAAUUUUAAUCCCAACAACCCAUACUGCCAAGGGGUGCAGGGUAUUAUUGAUGCCUACCGCAAUGCCAUUGUCAACGUGAGACUCUAUGGACCAACCAACUUCUCCCCAAUUAUAACCCACGUGUCCCAAUUUGCUGCGGCUUCCACUCAACAAGCAACUGCCGGGCAAUAUUACGUUCUGUUAAUUAUCACCGAUGGGGAGAUAACUGAUUUGGACCAGACAAGGAAUGCAAUUGUGGAAGCCUCCAAGUUGCCUAUGUCCAUCAUCAUUAUUGGUGUUGGCAGUGCAGAUUUCAAAGCCAUGGAAUUUCUUGAUGGUGAUGAUGGGGUCCUGAAGUCGCUGACUGGAGAAUCAGUUGCCCGGGACAUUGUGCAGUUUGUACCCUUCAGACAGUUUCAAAACGCUCCCAAGGAAGCUCUGGCCCAGACUGUGCUGGCUGAGGUGCCCAAACAAUUGGUGUCUUACUUCAAGAUGAGAAACCUGGCACCAGUGAACCCCCCAAAGCUGGCCCAGUAACAGUGCACCAGGCAUGUUAGAUGCACUGUGUUCAGUAUAAUGUUAACAGCCCCUUCACCUCUGCGCCCAUACCCACACAAGCUAAUUAUGACUCGGAUGCCAGUGAUUGGGGCCAGUGUCUUUUCUGGUGACACAGGUGGAUCCAACAUUCACGAGUCCUGCAGGUUGUGGAAGAUUUUUUCUUAAAUGCUUGACCUUGACACACACAAUUCAAAAUGUAACUUUCGAUAAACUUCCCACAAGAACGACAAGUAUCAGAAAAGAUGCAACUGUUUGUGUCUGGGCAGUGGACAUCCUGGAAGGACUUGCGAGUGUUGGCAGUGCUUCCACCCAUGUGACUUAACUUGUAACCUACCUUAACAGACUCAACAAAUAUCUUUUAUUGACCAGUGCUUUUUGUGGGGGAGGGGUGGCUGGGUGUGGGAGAAGGGCAGUGAGGUUAAACGUUGACUGAGUUCUCAAUGCAAGAUGUUUGAAGAUUAUUCUCUAAAGCAACCUAUCUGAAUAUAUUCCUUGAUUUCAGAGAGGUUUGGUUUGGACCAUGAUGCCAGCAUAUCCCAUCCCCUCUCCCCCCCACUGCUAGCUUGUUGCUUGGCUUUUAACUCCUGGAUUCAAGACCCAGCUUCAUUUUGGGAAGAGGCAGACGAUUUCCACAGUUUGUGGAGUCCUGGGUCUGGAUUCACACCUGAUACACGUGAGGCCAGGAGUUCACAGGCUCAACUCCAUUUCCAGGUUUUCUAACCAAUAGCUGGCCCGGUUUGGGUUUAGUCCAAGUGGAGUUGUGCAGUUCGUAGCUCUGUCUCCUCCGAAGCCGCUCCCCGUUGUGCACAUCAUUGUGAGCCUAUCAGAGCACUGCUAAAACAAGUAUUGACUCUUGUGUACUGUUCAAUGAAUCCUCUGCUGCCUUGCACAGCUGACUUUCAAAGCUUUAUUCACUGGUACAGCAUGCACUUUAUACUCUAACAGGGACAAUUAUAUAUUACAUAAUAGAGCAAGCAGGUUGCUACCAAUGGCAGUCACUUUUAGAAUGCUUUCUUCCUUGUUACUGCAAGCAGUGAAUGUACUCCGUUACUGUGAUUAUGUCACUUUUUCUAACUUGGAUGUAGUAUUUUCCAGCUGGUAGUUUCUGAAUCCUUUAUUGAUCCAUCAAACUGGGUAUUUAACUGUUGUUUUCUGCUGCACUUUGUAUCGCUGCUUUCAAACCCCUCUGCCAGUGGGCACUGGUUCAUGUUUGAACAUUGGCUGGUUAAAGAUUAAGAAAUUACAUAAAGUACCUUGGAUAAGAGAGACAAUUUUUUUCCUCAUUGAACUGUCUGUCAAUGUUUUAUCUUGAAUACCUAGCUGUGUUUUUAUAUCUUAGCAACACUAAAAUGCAAAAAGGUCAUUUUCUACUAAGGAACAGUGGGAUUGGUGGGUGAAAGCAGAGAUGGGAUGUGAUCCCAAUUUGCCAAAAUGAAAUUCUCCCUCUUCUUGUGAAUACGUGGAAUGUUUCCCAUUUGUUUUUUACACAGGAUGACUCUAGCUGCCUUACCCUGGAGUGGUAGGGCCUCCUCCACCAGCUCCCUCAUCUGUUGGCGGGAUCAGUUCAUGGCACUUUGUAUCAGCAGAACCUGCGAAUGAGCUAGUUUAAGUUUGCAGUCAGCCAUAGCUCCCUCCUCCUCCCAACAUACUAUUACUUUAUUGGAUUACAUUUACCCAGUAUUGUGUUUACAGAACUCCACAGUGAGCAUGUUACCAAUGACCUGCCCUUCAUAAACUGGCACAUUUCCUGUUGACAGUCGGCAGAUUAAACCCCAGCCAUCUUCACAAUGAUUAUAUCAUCUUCCUCAAACCUUUGUCCACUUUGAGCAGCUUGUAGAGUUGAACCAUGCCCGCUUUGCCAGUCUGAGAUGGACAAGAAUGCAGCACGAACAAUCCUAAUAAUGCUUGGAUGCUCUGAAAGUUCAAACAAAGCAUUCACCUGAAGAACUGAUCGCUUCUGUGAGGUUCAACGGAGGAGCACUUGAGCUGUUAGAAUGAAGCGUUGUACUGUAGGCAGAGCUCCUGCUCCUGUUCACUGCUCCCUGUCCGUUUUGCGGUCUGCUUACUGCAGGACUCGGUACUUUCACAAGGUGAAGCCAUGCCUCUCCAGUCAGCCUGUGACCAAGCAUGCUUCCAGCUUCACAAUUCUGUAGCUUGGAACUAGAUGUAGAUCAGCCAAUCUGCAGAGUGUAUAUUUUAAAUGUUUCUGCACCUAAUGUGAGGCAUGAGACACGCCUCAGCGAUGUUCAUGUGGCCAAGCCAGAUUUUUUUCUUGUUGACUUUUUUUUGAAUGUUUGCACAGUUAAGGGUCCAGCGAGUGCCUCUGGCUGUGCUUGAACAAAGAAUCUCUCUCCCUUAAAUCUCGGCAAAGACUAAACUGGUACCUAGUUUGGGAUGUCUAGAUGGUGAGCUUUGCUAUUCUCCAGUUCCUGUUCAGAUGAGAUGGGAUUAAAGCUCUCGGUAUUACACUGCCCACAGAUGUCCUAAUUCUUCCUCCUGUUGAGGGAUCAGGCAGUAUCUGUUGCCUGUUCAUUCGCCAAAAAUCCAGCCGCUCCUGAAAUUCCAAGUGGGUCCCUGUCCUACGCAGACACUCCAGCUGCUGCUCUGUUUCAUUCCAAUUGAAGAAAUGCGAAUGGCAACAUGAAGGUUAUGUCGUGUAGGCCUCUUGCCUACUCUUCCAUUGCUGUGUUUACUAAGAUGGGACAGUCUGUCUGAGGAGUGUAACUGGCCUAGAACUUGUGCUCAGAACUCCGCCAUUAGUGCCAAAUAUCCAGUUUUAAUCUCUCAACUCUUGAUUCCUUGUGAAUCUGCCAAAUCACUUUCAUUGAGUCUACAAGUGUUACUUAUCAAACCCUUAAAAAUUGAUUCAUAAAAUUCCACCAGUGUUAAAUAUGAUCUUUCAGAUCUUAAAUCUCAAUUUAUUUGAAGAAUGAGGGACUAGGGUUAUUUCACAAAUGUUCCGAAACUGUUAGCCCUUCCUCUUUUGUGUUUCUCUUCCCUAUAUCUUUCUCCCCUUCCCCCUUUUCCAAAAAGACAGAACCAAGGAUCCCAGUGAGACCAAAACAAAUCAUCUUUAGUAGAACAUGACCAUCUAGUAACUGUUUUUCGAAUGAUCUUGGGUUUUGAAUAAAGAACUAUAAAUGUG